UUUGAUAUGUCAGACUUCAAAAAACAUUGAUUAUUUUGAAGCUAGUUAUAAUAUUAAAGUAUUUUUUAAAAAAACAUCUGGCAACGUCGCAGUGCAACCACAAAGAGCCUCAAGCAAAAAGAAAACGUGAGAGUAGGAUAGACAUAAUGGCAUCUUGUUCUUGAACAUACUGGUUGGGGGGAACGUGAGAAAGAAAGAUAGAUCUCUUGUGUGGCAUGAAUACAGUUGGUAUGCGUGUGUGGUGUUGUUCGACGUCAAUCGUUAGCUUUAGAGGCCGCAGAAAUGAUCGAGAAUUAAAAUAUGACCGAAUAUAUUGAAAAUAUUUAGAUGUGUUAUAUAUCACGUCGGAAUAAAGUGAUCAUUUACAUACAUUUGUAAAGUAAAGUUAGAAUAAUUACGAUAUUGACGUGAACACAUACCGAUUAGGACUGAUUGCUAAAGACUGGUGUUUUAUUUGUGUUGAAACUUGUGUGUGAAAGAAACACACACAUAGAAUCUUUUCUAUAUAAUCUAAUUCUUGUGAAUGCAGCUGUUUGGAUCUGUGGGAAGACUCUUUUGAUGAGUAAUAAUGAUAAAUAAACAAGUACCGCGUGGGCUUACUUAUGAAAUCGCUUGUUAGUCUGAAAGUUAUACUCAAUAUGUCGUUAUACGUUGAAGCGAACAUUUCGAUAGUUUAACGGCUGAUAUUACAAAUUUAAUUAAUUAUUUAUUAUAUUUAUUAGCAUAAAAAGUGAAUUUAGGGAAACAAAAUAAAAAAUACCAUACUCAUCAGUAGACGUAUAAUAAUUUAUGAAACUUGGAAGUAGUUUUGAAUUCAAGAUGAAUGAUUGCAUAGACCGUAAAACAAUUCUGAAAGAUAACCUGACAUGUUUGAAGCCAACGGAAAAUUCACAAUCACAAUUUCACCACAAUCAACAUUUACAACCAUCCGACCAAAUAGAUGAAGUUGAUAAUCAAACACAUUCUCCAAAUUAUCGUUAUGAAUCAGUUAGAUUACAAAGUUUUACCAAUUGGCCUGUUCCUUACAUGGACCCUGCAAAAUUAGCAGCGAGUGGUUUUUAUUUUACCGGCGAAGGUGAUUAUGUAAAAUGUUUUGAGUGUGAUAUUAAAAUAGGACAAUGGGUCGAAGGUGAUAAUCCAAUGUCUGAUCAUCAACGCUGGCAGUCAAACUGUCGAUUUGUUAAAAGAUUACCUUGUGGUAAUGUUCCUAUUGAUGCAAAUGUGAGUGUUGAUGAACCAGCAAGUUCAAGAAGUCGAGAUGUUUGUGGCCAUUAUGAUGACGAUUUCAGACCGAAUGCUGUGCCAGAUUUCCGCAUUGGAGAUGGAAAAAUGCAGUCAAAUCCUGUGGAAUUGGGAAGUCUAGGAAUAGCGCAUCCAAAAUGUCCCGUUCAUCCCGCAUAUGCUAGCUAUGAUGCAAGGCUACGAACAUUUGAAUCCUGGCCCAAAUCUAUGCUUCAAACGAAAGAGCAAUUGGCUGACGCUGGCUUUUAUUAUACUGGAACCGGAGAUCAAACAUUAUGCUAUCACUGUGGAGGUGGUCUGAAAGACUGGGAACCUACAGAUGAUCCUUGGGUUCAACAUGCCAAGUGGUUCAAGAAAUGUUAUUACGUUUUAAUGGUCAAAGGUCAAUCCUUUAUCAACAGCGUCAUAGGACAACCGAUUACUCUACCUUCCCGAGAGGAAACAAUGAAAAUGAAUCUGCCCAGCUAUAUUGAAAAGGUCGAAUCACCACCACCAAGUGUUGAAAUUGAAUCAGUAGCAACUGAGGCGAAACGAGAAAUUAAUGUCAAGGCAACUCCUAAAAAAGCAUCAUCAGAUGAUGGAAGAAUGUGUAAAAUUUGUUACAACGAAGAAUUGGGUGUAGUAUUUCUACCUUGUAGACAUAUGGUGGCUUGUACUAAGUGCGCGCCCAGCAUGACAACUUGCGCGGUGUGUCGAGAACCCGUCACUAUGACGGUACGUGCGAUUAUAUCAUAGUACCUUGCUACUUUAUCACAACUCUUACCGUUUGUAACUCAAAAAUUAAAUAAUUUUGAAAAAUCUGAAUAAAACUUACAAAUGAUACAAAUUAAUUGUUCAAUUAAAUAAUAAAUUGAUAAAUCAUUUUACGCGUUAUUUAGGCAUUCUCAGUUCAUGAAGGUACAAUUUCGAAAAAUUAUCAUCCACCAUCUGCUUUCCAAACAUUAAAAACUACAUUAACAUCUACAUUUUUGAUGAGAUUAAUAUAAGAAUUUAAAUAUUCAACAGCUGAAUCGAAUGAGCAUUGUUGAAAUUAUUUUUUUUCUCGCGCUGAAUUGUACCUGCAUCUGAGAGUUGCUGCUAUUUUUUAAGCCGCAUUAAAUAUAAGUUAAUAAAUAAAAUUGAUAACAAGUGGAAAACACCCGUAAUUAAAUGCAAAUUAUUUGAAAAAAAUUGCAAAUUAAUAUGACGUCUAGUCAUUCCAGAAUUGUAUUUUAAUUAUAUAAUCGUGAACUAGAUCUAAAUUCCAAGCAUUUUAAAUAAUCACUGAGGAAUGUAAAAUGUUAAUAACUAGAGAGACGAUAAAGAAUGCGGCUAAAAAGUAUCCAUGAAAGUAAUGUGAAUUAUAACAACUAUCAUGGAGACAUUUAAUUUUUAAAUUUUAUAUUUUCUUUUAUAAAUCUGAAUUUUCUCCUUAAACUACGCACAUUAUUUAUUAUCGUAUAUGACGUUUCUUCUAAAUUAAAUUGUGACUCAUAGGAGGAAGUCUGACUGGUUAAAUCAUGGUGGGAGCUUUUUAAGCAUAUAAUAUACAUAUACAUACAAGCACAUCCUACUCGUUAACAUUAUAAUUUAUCUUCAAUAAUGGUCGUCAUAAGCAAGAAGUACGAAUCAUGUUACAUAAAAAAAAUGUGUCGUUACAUUAAAUAUUAAAUUUAAAUCAUAAUUUGAAAAA